AUGAAGAAAAAGUAUCAAGGCUCUACAAAUGUGAAGCGGGCACAACUUCUAGCCUUGAGGAGGGACUUCGAAACCUUGCAGAUGAAGGAAGGAGAAUCCGUCACCAACUACUGUGCUAGAACCAUGGAGAUAUGCAACAAGAUGCGAUUCCAUGGUGAGAACAUGGGCGACGUCAGCUCCUUAUUGGUGCAUGAGCAGAAGAUGAACCGUAGUUCAAAUUACGAUGAGCAGUCUUUGAAGGCUUCUACUUUUAUUUCUUCUCCCAAUUCUAGAGGAAGGGGUGGAGGUAGAGGUCGAGGCAGAGGAAGAGGAGAUCGUGGAGGUAGAGAUUCCGGUAGGAAUUUCAAAGCAAAUAAUGAUCAAUCUCAAGGUAAAGAAGAGAAGUCCAAUUACGCGGAGAACAAGGAAGGAGAGACCUUGUUUAUGGCAAUUCAAGUAGAGAAGGAAACCGAGCAAGAUGUUUGGUAUUUAGACACAAGCUGUACUAAUCACAUGACUGGAAGUAAGUCUGGCUUUUCUUACUUAAAUGAAGACUUCCAUUCUAAAGUUAGUUUUGGUGAUUGUUCUACUGUGGAUGCAACGGAAAAAGGUGACAUCAAGAUUAAAACCAAUAAUGGUUUUGUGGAAACAAUCUCUAAUGUGUUAUAUGUUCCUGAUUUGAAAAGCAACUUACUGAGUGUUGGUCAGUUGCAAGAGAAAGGCCAUGUCCUCACUAUUAAGAAGGGUAAGUGUGAAAUUUAUGACCCUGUAAGAGGAGCUAUAGAGAUAAUUCAGAUGAGUUCCAACAGAUUAUUUUCGAUAAUGAUUGAUAGUAUGCAAUCUUGUUUGAUGACGGAAGUGAAGGAUCCCUCAUGGUUGUGGCAUUUUUGUUAUGGUCAUUUGAGUUUUGGAGGAUUGAAGAAACUUUAG